CUCUCUUUCAAGCGGCCGAUAGGCCCCAGCAGGCCUCGAUCGGAUCCGACUCGGGGAGCUGGCGUCUGACCAUGGCGGUCUACAUUGAUCAUCGAAUAGAAGCUCUUGAGUCCUGUGGACCCCACACCCACAUAACGUGGCACCGUCUUCAGCCACUUUUAGCUGUUGCAUCCAUUAAUGCAAACUCUGGCGGCAGUGUGGAUAUUUUUCAAGAACAGGGAGAGUAUGUGGGUGAUGCACACUUGGAAAAAAACUUUCGGGUCACGUAUCUCAGUUGGCACCCCUCCAAACUGAUUGUGGCCGUGGGUUGCGAAAUGGGGGAUGUGGUAGUAGUGAAUAAACAAGACAAGGAGCAUCAUGCUGUACCCUCCAAUCAUAAUGCUGAUAUUUCAGUCCUGAAUUGGAGUACUAAUGGGACCCGUCUCGUUUCUGGAGAUAAACUCGGGGUUCUUGUAUUGUGGCGGAUGGAUCAGCGGGGUAGAGUCCAAGGCCCCCCUUUGUUAAAACACGAGUAUGGAAAACAUCUUAAUUUCUGCAUUUUUCGCCCACCUCCUCCAGGAGAAGAUUUGGUCCAGCUCGCCAAAGCUGCAGUGAGCGGUGAUGAGAAGGCCCUGGAUAUGUUUAACUGGAGAAAAUCUGGAAUGGGGAUGGCUCUGAAAAUGGGACCCCAGGAAGGCCUGUCCUUCUUUGUAAGCAUGAUUGAUGGAACUGUGCAUUAUGUGAGUGAAAGAGGAAAAACCAAUCAAGCGUUGAUUAUAGAAACUUCAAUCCAAAAAAUGCUGUUCAUGGAAAAAGAUGUCUUAGUAAUAAUAACGGAGACGCUCCUCUUAUCCCUUCACAAGAUUUCUCCUGAAGGAGAAGCAGAAGAACUUCUGAAGGUGAAGUUGAGUGGAAAAAUGAAUCAUCCCGCUGAUAUCAUUUUGAUUGAUCAUAGCCUCCUUAUCACUGCAACGAACGAACCCCUACUUAGGUUCUGGGACUUGGAACGGGGUGAGAAUUAUGUCCUUUCUCUGGAUGAACAGCUAGGCUUUGAAACUGGAGAAUGUAUCCAUUGUGUCUCCUAUUGCAAUGCCAAAGGUCUUCUAGCCGCUGGCACCAAUAAAGGGCGAAUAGCGAUGUGGAGGAAAGUGCCAUUCUCCAGCCCAACCAUCUGGUCCCUGGAAGGCAAGGACAGAUGGAAACUCCAGACCCCUACAGAGCUGGAUGGGAAUAUCAUUCAAAUCGAGUGGAGUUCCAAAAAGAACCUGUUGGCUGUAAACCUAAACAACUCGGUUGCCAUCCUGAGGGAACAGGCCAUGGCUUCACACUUCCACCAGCAAAUGGCCGUGGUCCAGGUUUCCCCUAACUUGUUCAACAUCACCAGCUUCAGCAGCAAAAUGAUGGAUAACCUCCGUAUCGACACGUAUGUGAAUGGAGUCUGCGCAACCAAGGAUGCUGUAGCAUUCUGGAAUGGAAAGCAAGUUUCUAUCUAUGAACUGUCAGCUGCCACUUUACGGAAUUCAGGUUCUUUCCUCUGUGAUUCCCCUGUGCUGGCUAUGCACGAAGAGAAUCUUUAUACUGUCGAACCAAAUCGGGUUCAAGUUCGCACCUGGCAGGUAAGCAAGUUGGCACUAUAGGGGGGCAGUGACAGCCCCCCUGCUUGAGGAAAUAGUUUGAGAUUUAUGACAUUCGUUUACGUGACCUGUUCCGUCUCGUCUUCCCACAGAGAGGCAAAGGUACAUUGCAAUAGCAAGGCCUUGGUGGAUUUGAUGCCCGGCGCUCUGGGGAUUGCAUCCGUGAAGUGCAACACAAGCGGCAACAGAGUCAGCAUUCUCCUGAGCAAGGCUGAUGGCAGUUUCGACCCCAGGAUUUGUUUCUACGACAUUGAAAUGGACACGGUCACCCUGUUUGAUUUUGAGUCAGGUCGACAAAGAGACGCUAAGGAAAUGCUCCCCUUCGGACAGGAGACUGAAGUGAAAAACACCUCUGUAUAUCCAGUAUUGUGUAACCGAAUCCCUGCAAGUCACUUCUGGGAUCAGAACGAACCAAGGCUGUUCGUAUGUGAAGCCGUUCUGGACCCUAAUCAACAAUCACUGGAUAAGAAGCAAGAAUCCUUGGAAAACUUGGUGGAUGUGCUGAUAGUAUCUUUCUUCAGCACUGAAGAGCAUGGUCUUCUGCUCCAAGACAGUUUUCAGUUGCCAUCAACUUACCAGUCUCUUCUGGGCAUGGAGGUGCCACACUAUUACUUUGCCAAAAAGAUGGAAGCUGAGCAAAAGGAUGAGGUAGAACCUGGCAGCAUCCCGCUGCAUCAGAUGGUGGCUAGAAGACCGAUGAGAGAUUUCAUCGGGCUGGAAGAAUGUGACAAGACAACCUGCGAAGCAAUGCUUAACUUCAGUUUCUACCUAACCACUGGAGACAUGGAUGAGGCCUUCAAGGCUAUCAAACUCAUCAAAAGGUAGGAUGGUUUUUGGGUUUCCCUUUAGUUCUCUUUUUCUCUGGUGUGAUUCCCUUGAUUACUGGGAGAGAAAGAGAUCAGUUGACGUCAGAGCAGUGGCGUUAAUUGAUCUUAGAAAGGUGGUGUUACUGGCGUUGGCUAUGAAAGCUGCAUUUAUUUUGCCUUUUACAGCAUUGUUUGUCUGCCUUUUCGUGUUUCGCUUACUCUGAAACCCACAUUUUAUCGCAUAGUUUUAGUUCCAUUAGGUAAACCAGACAAAACAAUCAACUCCACAGGAAGUCUAUCUAUACUGAGAGCCGAUAUAAUAAUAGAAUUUGGCGAGUCCAUUUGUGCUUUCCCUCCCUUCUUUUCCACAUACCAGUGAAUCAAGGAGAUGUUUGCCUGGGUUGCUUCGGAAUAUGUUUUGCAGAUCUUAAAGAAUGUUUUGAUCCUCUUUGCCUAGAUAAAAAGACUUGUACAUUUCUGUUAUUCUCCACCCACAGCAAAGCUAUUCUAGGAUGGCACAUUGCAAAUAGACUUGAUGCAGGAGAUUUGACUAACGAAAGCUAAUUAUUGGGCUGUUUAUUAUAUGAACAGCUAAGUUGUCCGAUAAUAUUCAGCCAAAGAUACCAGCAUUUUUAAAAUGACAAUAUGGGACAGAAUAACAGAAUUGGAAGGGACUUUGGAGAUCUUCUAGUCC